AUGUCCGCCGGUACCCCAGAUGCCACUGCAGCGGUGAAUCCAAGUGAAACACUAGAACCACCAAAGCAAGUUGAAAUUAAAAAUCAGCCACCCUUGAAAAAAGAGCCCGUCACAGCAGAAUCCUCAAGCACUAGUCAAUUCCAUGAAAGCAACCACAAGGCUUCAAAGUCUACCACUUCAUUGUCUUCGCUUUCAAGAAGCAGCAGUCGAGCAUCGCUUUUAACCCCUAGUGAAGAUUUUGAUAUGUCUAAUGUCAAGACUAAACCACCUCCAAGACAGCCAGUCGACCCUACCUAUAGAGGUUGGAAGGAAGUUGGUGGGUUUGAAGAGGAGGAUGUAUUGACUGCUGAAGAUGAAACUGUAGAUUUGUUAUCAAAAGGGUCACUUUUCGACCAAUAUUUACCUGCUGCAAUCUAUGGAGACUGGUAUCACAAUACUGGUUAUUUGAUUGUUGGGGGAUUGUUGUCUUGGAUUAUUGGUUGGUUUAGGUUUUCAGUUGCACCCUUGUUUUUCGUCAUGGUGGUGUUUUCUUUGUUAUAUCGUGCAUCAGUUAAGAAGUACAGAGGUGUUUUGAGAGAACAAGCACAACGUGAAUUUUCUGUUAAAUCAAUUGAGGAUGACUAUGAAACCAUGGAUUGGUGCAAUUAUUUUUUAGAGCAAUUUUGGUAUUAUUUGGAACCAUCAAUUUCUCAAAUUGCUUGUGAACAAGUUAAUCCUAUCUUGGCAAGCUCGCCAGCACCUGCAUUUGUUAAAUCAUUGUGGCUUGAUAGCUUUACUUUAGGGACCAAGCCUCCUCGUAUUGAUUCGGUGAAAACAUUGGCAGGAACUGCUCCUGAUGUUGUUGUCAUGGAUUGGGGAUUUUCGUUUACCCCAAAUGCAUUGGUUGAUGCUAAUCACAAACAAUUGAAAAGCCAUGUGAACGAAAGAAUUGUUGUUAAAGCAACCUUGUUUGGUAUUACUAUUCCGAUCGCAAUUGAUGAUGUUUCGUUCAGUGGUUUAGCGAGAAUCAGAUUGAGAUUAAUGACUUCUUUCCCACAUGUUGAAACUGUUAAUGUGUCUAUGUUAGAACCUCCAAAGUUUGAUUUUAAUACCAAGGUGUUGGGUGAAUCUUCUUGGUGGUGGGAAGUUUUGUCAAUUCCAGGUUUAUAUCCAUUGAUUAACGAAAUGGUUAAGAAGUAUGUGGGACCUUUGCUUUUCACACCUUUAUCUUUCCAAUUGAACGUUCAACAACUAAUGGCUGGUAACGCCCUAGACUCAGCUAUUGGUGUUUUGUCAAUUACUGCAGAUUCUGCUAGAGGAUUGAAAGGAUUCAAAACAAUUGGUAACACUUUGGACCCCUAUCUUACUUUUGGUUUUCAAAAUAAGGUGUUGGCUAAGACUAAAGUCAUCGAUGAUACUAGUGAGCCAGUUUGGAAACAAACUUUAAGAAUUCCUAUUUCUUCUUUAUCGGAACCAUUUAACAUUACCUGUAUUGAUUUCAAUGAUUUCAGAAAAGAUAGACAAGUUGGUGCUAUUCAAUUUGAUUUGGAACCAUUGAUUGAUAAUCCAAAGCAACCAAACCUCACUGCUGCAUUUUUGAGAAACAACAAGCCAGUUGGGGAGUUGUCUUUCGGACUUCACUUUAUGCCAACUAUUGAACCUGUUAGACAAGCAGAUGGUGCUAUUACUCCACCACCAGAUUUGAAUACUGGUAUUGCUAGAAUCCAAGUUAUUGAAGCCAGAAACUUGAAAGGUGGUGAAAAAGGUGCCUCAACCAGUGCUGAAGUCAUAUUUGAUGGUGAAACUGUUUUGACCACAUCGGUUCAAAAGAAUACGAACAAUCCUGGAUGGGGUGCCACUACAGAACAAAUUGUCUACAAUCGUGCUAAAGCUAAGGUCAGAGUUUUGAUCAAGGAUAAAUCUGGUAAGACUAUGGAACAAGUUACCCACAGUUUGAAUGAAUUAAUUGAUGCGACCCAAGUUGAACAAACCUGGUUCCCAUUGUCACGUGGUGGUGAGCUUAAGAUCAAUACUACAUGGAAACCUGUCGAAUUAGAAGGAGCCAGUGGUGCUGGUGGCUACACUCCACCAAUUGGUGCCAUUAGAGUUGGUAUUGAAAAUGCCGAAGACUUGCGUAACUUGGAGACAAUUGGUAAAGUCGAUCCAUAUGCAAGAUUGUUGGUGAAUGGUUUUGAAAGAACAAGAACAGCUGCUAUUGAGUCGACAUUGAAUCCAACUUGGAAUGAGAUUCAUUAUGUUACUGUUUCCUCGCCAAAUCAAAAAUUAACAAUCGAGGUAAUGGAUGUCGAAUCCCAUUCCCCGGAUCGUACUUUAGGCUCAUUUGAUGUUAAAUUGACUGACUUGAUUCAAAAAGACGAACGAGGCAAUUAUAUUGAACAUGUUGACAAGAAACAAAGAAGUGGUAGAUUAAUCCACAAAAAGGGACCAAAGGGAAAUGUUACAUACACAUUAUCUUUCUAUCCCGCUUUGCCGGUGAUGUCACUUCAAGAUUACAAGGAUGAAGAAGAGGAGAAGAAACAGAUUGAAAAAGAAAAACAGAAAUUGGCUGAAGAAGAAAAAGAAGCUAAUAAGGAAGCAUCAGGUAAAGAAGAUACUGGUAAAGCAAAAGAACCCGAAAAGUCUAAAGAAGAGGAAGAGAAAACUGAAGAAGAUAUGGAAGACGAGCUUGAAGAUGAAAAUUCUUUUGGUCAUAAAUUGAGAUUAUCGUUAGAUGAAUUACUUGAGUACAAGAGUGGUAUUUUGAUAUAUGAAAUUCAAGAAGGUAAUUUGAGCAAGGAUGAUGUUUAUUUACAAUUUUAUUCUGGAAAUCAAGGAUACCCUGAUUACAUCACCAAAGAAAUCAAAAAGAAAAAUGGGAAAAUUCAAUCAACUGGAGAUUCUGUCAUCACAGAUUUGGAGUGGUCUCAAACUCAUCUCAGAUUGGUUAAGAAGAAAUACGAAAACAGAGUUGAUAAAUGCGUCGCUGAAGCUACUAUACCAACUUUACAAUUGUUGAAAAAUGGUUACAAUAAACCAAUGAAUGUCGAACUUUCUGGUGCUGGUAGUGCAUCUUUCAAAAUUCAAUUUUCUUGGAUUCCAUUAAUCUAUGAAUCAGGUAUUCCACCACAAGAUUCUAUUGACAACUCUGGUAUAUUAACAGUUGAUGUUCUUAAUGCUGAAGGGUUGCCAUCAGCUGAUAGCAAUGGAAAAUCGGAUCCUUUUAUGCAAGUUUUCUUAAACUCCGACAAGGACCCGUUUACCAAAACGAAAACUAUCAAAAAGACCCUAGACCCAACUUGGAACCACACAGCAACUGUUGAAGUUGCCAAUAAAUAUGAUUCUGUGUUGAAGUUUGUUUGUUACGAUUGGGAUAUGGCCGAUAAGAAUGAUUUAUUAGGAAUUGGUUAUGUCGAAUUGAGUGAUUACGAUUUGAAAGACGGUCCUGCUGAUGUGACAAUUGAAUUAGAAGGCGAAGAAGGUGAGGCUGCCGGUGUUGCUUACGCUAGACUUUCAUUUAAGCCAGAAUUCAUUUUGAAUGUUAAACCAAAGGGUUCUGGUACCGGUAUAACUAAAGUCGGGAAUGUAGGUGUUGGUGUUGGUAAAGGAGUAGGCAAAGGUGUUGGAAAAGGUGUUGGUGUAUUAGGUAAAGGACUUGGUGGAGGAAUCAAAGGAAUCAGAAAAGGCUUACAUAUUGGUAAUUCUGAAUAA